AAGAUGCCCAUCGUUCUGGCAUUCUCUCUUUCCUCGAGUCGUGCGUCAUUGGUUUCUCAGUAAAAGAGAGCCCUUGUUAUCUGUAAAUUUUUUGCUUCGACAAUUUAACAAAGAUCUCUCUCUCUCUCUCUCCCCCCUCUUUCUCUCUCUAUCAUCAUCUUCCGCUCUCUGUUCUUCUCGAGGGAAGGUCAGAGUUCUUCUUCCUCUUUCUCAAAAACCCAAUUCAAAUCCUUUUCCCUUUCCCCUUAUUGAGCACAGAGAGAUCAAAAAGCUAUCUUCCAUCAUUUUCAGUAUUAUUUCCCUUCUAAAUCCAAAUGGGUCUGCAUGAAAUUAUGAUUUAGCCAUGCUCUCUCUAAGGUCCCUUUGGAGUCGGCAUAAAAGAAAAUUGUUGAUCUCUCUUGGAGUUUUAGGAAGUGGGUAUGCGCUGUACAAGCUUUAUGAUGCUCAUAGACAGAGGACCUUUGAUUUGGAGAAGGAACGCGAAGUCGAUGAGCUCAUUAAGGCCCAGUUGCAAUCACACUUUGAGAACAUUCAGAGAGUUUCAGAUACAGUUACAUUGCCGUAUUCUAUGAACUAUUUGAGGGUGAGGAUAUCUGAGGACUUGGACCUCUCGCAUUUGACAGAGAAGUUGCUACAGGGUAGAGGCCGGUCUAGUGCUCUAUCUCCAAAGGAGAAGAUUGAGCUUUGGGAAAAGCUUAAAGUUCUAAGUUUCACGAGGACAGUGGCUUCGUUGUGGUCGAUGACGAUGCUUUGCUUGUAUGUUAGGGUUCAGGUGAACAUCUUAGGGAGGCACCUCUAUCUUGAAAUUGCCCGUGGCUCUGAAAGCUCUCAGUCUCUGGAUGAUGCAGAUUCAUUUAGCUGGCAUGGUCAACAGGACUUCCUAGCAACUGCUGAUUACCUCUCCACUUAUGGCAUCGGUACAUUGCUUACGAACAUGCAGAAUGCUGCCAUGGAAAUUUUAAAAGAAAAGAAGCUGAAGGAAUCCUUUGGAAAGGAACAACUGCAUGAUACAAUCAUACAGGUAUUGGACCUUUUCAUGAACGCUGGUGAACCAAGCAGCUGGAUAAGCUACUUGGUACCAGAAAAUGCUGCUGCCUACAGGCAGUUAAUGGUUGUGCCCUCCAGUGGUUCUGAUGAUUCCUCCAUGCUCAUGGACAUCAGCAAGCUUGAGCAACUUAUGUUAGAGACCCGUGCAGUCCUAUCAAGCCCUGAUUUCAAGAACGUUGCGGAUAUAUCACUGAGAAGAGUGGUAGAUGCUCUAGUUGAGGAUGUCAUCGUGCACUUCGGAGGAGCAACUGAUCCAUCAUCAUCAUCAGGCGUUCCCUUGGCAAAAACAUUGCCGCGUGUCGCCCAAAUGGGCGCCCUAUUGCUCGAGGAACCUAGCAUCAAUAAAUAUGUCCAGAGCAUUCGAAGUUUGCCCGAGUUCCAACACUUUUACACUCUGUUGUACUCCAACAUGCCUUUGGAGUUUUAAGUUUGUUUUAGAGGGAAAGGAAAUGUUGAGUAGAUGUUAUAUUUUUUGAUAGAAAUGUUAGGAUUAAAUUUUAUAGGGCCCUUGUUUUCCAAUCUGAGGGGUCGGGAUCUCAGAAUAAAAGGGGGGAAAAGCAGAAAUGAAUUUGAUGGGAAUUCUGUAUAUUAUUUCGUCUGUGCGGUCUGCUUAUGAUUUCUUUUAUUCUGAUUGUACUGGAACUAGAUGCGCCCCUCUUUUGAUCCCCUUUUCUCGUAUUUCAACAGUAAAUGAAGAGUGAAGAUUCUGCACGA